AUGACUGAGUUUGAAAUAGAUGCUUAUGAUUAUGUUUCAAUAAGUUCUAUCUCAAACAAACUCUUUGAGAAGAGAGUAUAUUGGAAGAACGGUAAUCUCUUUGAUCUUGCAGGAAAACCUCGUGAAUAUAUUUCCAAGUGUAUUCAAGGAGGAAGAUGCAUGCUAGCUGAGAACAAGAAGCAAUACAAUGAAGGAGAACUCAUCACUGACUUCGAUGCUGUAUCAUUGUAUCCAUCAGCAAUUGCUAGACUUUACUGUUUAGAAGGAAUUCCAAAAGUUAUGACAGAAGAGAUGAAGAGCAGUGAAUACUUGUUGGAGCAUCUCUUUGAUGAUGACCAAGCUGAACCAACAAAGGAAAAGUUCAUCUCAGGAUUUUACUGUCAGAUCGAGAUCUUGUCGAUCGGUAAGAACUCAGCAUUCCCAUUGAUUGUCGUCAAUCCUGACAUCAACCCUGACUUACAUGUUGCCAGAAGUUCCAAUACAUGCUGCAAGAUGUUCGUAGACCACAUUACGCUUCAAGAUCUGAUCAAGUUCCAAGAGAUCUCAUGCAAAGUCAUUGAUGGAUACUAUUAUGAUGGAAAAAGGGACAUGACAAUAAGGAAUGAAGUUAAGAAGCUCUUCGAAUUACGUGCUAAGUAUAAGAAGGAAGGUAAUCCGAUACAAGAGAUCAUCAAACUUCUUUUGAACAGUAUCUAUGGUAAGACGAUAUUAAAGCCCAUUGACAAAAAGAUUCGUUUCAUCAAGGACAAUAAGCUCACUGACUAUAUCAUUAAGAACUAUAAUGACAUACAGACAAUAGAGUUCAUCCCCGAUUCCGAACUUUCAUGUGUAAAGUCAUUUAAACCUAUCGUUCGUCACUUUAACUAUUGUCCAUUAGGUUUCAAUCCUUUCUAUGUCCAAACGAAUCAUGA